AUGUGCUCUCUUGACGAGGAUUUCCUGGUCGACUCCGAGCACCCGACAGUCCAACGGAUCAUCACCGGUUUAGAGGAGUUUCAGAGAAUCUACACAGUUUUCCACCGAUACGCCUCGAUUUUUAUUUGUGUGGCCGGCGUGCUCGUGAAUGUCGUUCACAUUUUGGUUCUCUCAAGGCCAAGAUUACGUCGUUGUGCAGUGAACGCAGUGCUGACCGCAGUCGCCGUUUGCGAUGUGGUGAUCAUGACCUCGUACACCAUUUAUCUCUUUCGUUUUCGCAUUUUUCAGACAGAAGGCGGGUAUUCGUAUGCGUGGAUGGUUUUCCUGAAAUCCCAUGUCUCUGUCUCUGUCGCUCUUCAUGCAAUCACUCUCUACAUGGGCGCUGCUUUGGCGUUCAUUCGAUGGCGAGCGUUGGGCAAUAUUCAAAGCAGAUGGUUGUUGCCGGUGACUGCUUGGAACAUGUUCUUCAUGGUCUCCGUGGCGAUCGCGGUGUUGACGAUUCCGACAUUCGUCCUUCAUCACAUCUAUUUGGUCGAUUCAACAGAGACGAGUACAUCAAUAGCUGAAGGAAUGGCUGGACCCAGCGAGGGUUUGUACUCACUCGAGUUCGCUCAUUUACCCUGUGCACUUUAUCGUUUCAAUCUUUGGAUUGUGGCCAUUGUCAUGAAGGCAGCGCCAUGUGCCCUCUUGUUGUGGUUCACGAUCGCGUUGGUGUUAAAGUUGAGAGCAACUGAUGAGAAAAGGCAUCAUUUAUACUCGAAAAGUUUCCGAAAACACAUCAAGAAGACCACUGUGCCUGACAGAACAACAUAUAUGCUGUUGAUUUUGCUGGCCGUUUUCCUCGUCACCGAGCUGCCGCAAGGGAUUUUGGCGCUUUUCAAUGGUAUGUCCACCUCGUAUGUCUACAAAUCGAUCUACGACAAUGUAGGCGAAUUGUUGGAUAUGCUUUCGUUGGUGAACUGUUCGAUGGAUUUCAUUCUCUAUUGUUGCAUGUCAUCAAGAUAUCGUCAAACAUUCGGUCAUAUGUUGAUCCGAGUGGAGAGUUGGGUGAGAAAUCAAUGGUAUCCAGGGAAAGAUGGAGAGCGAUGCGCCAGGACGAUCAGGAGGGCACAUAGAGUCGAGCUAACCGACGAUCCCUCGUUUUCCCGUGUUCAUUGUGACGGUUCUUGUCCUCCGGAUGCGGUCGAUGUC